ACUCAAUGGCCUGAGUAAGGUCACCCUGCUUCUCAUACGCAGUACCGAUUCUUGCGAAAGCCCUAGGAACAACCGAAUUAGCACUGGUUAUGCCCAUUUACCACCUCUACGAAUACUUACUUGGCAAUAGCCUUGAAGUCAGCGCGGAGCUCACGGCCCUCCUCAACAGCCUUCUGGCAAGUCUCAAUGGUGCCCUCAAGGUCACCCUUCUCGAACUUGGCAGCACCAAGGUUGUUGAGGUACGUAAUAUCCUUGUGCAACUCCCACGCCUUGUUGUAAUGCUCGAUAGCCUCGUCAAACUGUCUCUUCUUGUAGAAAUCAUUACCGAUCUUCUUCUCAGCAUCGGCCUCUUCCUGUGCCUUCUUCUUCGCAAUCGCCUCCUCGUCUUCAGGCUCGGGCUGGGGCUCCGGUUCAGGCUCCUUCUUCUGCUCGGGAGCUGCGGGGCGGACAUCGGGCAUGGGCACAUCCUCUUCGGCCUCCGCGGCACCAGCAGAGCUGGCACCCUCGGGAGGAGCGCCGAAGCUCAUGUCAAUACCCAGCAAAACACUCAUCACCUGCAGGAAGCGAGGGUCCUGGAUCUCCUGGCCAAUGUUGUUGGGGUUCUGCUGGAUGCGCUGAAGCUUAGCCAUGAAGUCGGCAUCGGCCAAAAGCUGAGAGGUCUUGGGGUUGCUGGCCAGCUUCUGGAAAAGCUGGGGGUCGUUGAAAAUUCCACCGAGUCCGCCCAUAGGGUCGCCAGUGACACCGUCAGCCUUGGCUUCGGCAUCAAUGGCCCUCUUGACGGCAUUGAAGCCGUUCUUGGCCUGGUCGUUGGUAGGCUCGAGCUUCAGGGCCUCCUCAUAAGCAUCGUGGGCGGCGACUGCAGACCCGUUAGCAAACCACGUUUAGUCCUACCGCAGUGAUGCCGCGACUUACGAAGAUCGCCGAGACCACGGUAAGCGGCACCCUUGCGGAUCCAGCCCUUGGACCAAUCCGCCUUGAUUUCCGUUGCCUUGUUGGCAUCCUCAAGAGCCUUCUCGUAUUCGGAUUGCG